AUGAGUUCGCCAGCCAACCAGGGCUCACAUCAGCCCCAAAACAUGGGAUACAAACAACCUUAUCAAAACGAAUACCAUUCUUCUCAUGGUAAUUUCCCCGGAAUCCUACCAAUGCCAGCACCUUACCCAAAGCCAAUCGACAUUCAUCGUGUAAAGCGCACACGAGCAAAACGAAGCUGUGACAUGUGUAGAAAAAAGAAGACCCGAUGUGAUGUUGAUGUCAAUAAACCUUGCACGACUUGUCGAACUGCCAAAACGGAAUGUCAAUUCAUCAUUGAGCAAAAGAAGCGUGGUCCUGCAACAGGGUCUUAUGUAGAAGCUUUAGAGUCUCGAUUGAGACGCAUGGAAACGCUGCUAGAAAAGAUGGCUACUUCAAAAGGAGCCGAGUCUGAAACGAAUAGCUGUAGUAGUCCCAAACUAACAUUUGCUAACUCGCCCACCAAAUCGCCAUCACCAUCGCCAAACGACGCAGGAUCCCCGAACGAUAGAGGAUCGCCCGGAAGAGGCCCAUCCUGCGAACGAGACCAAAUCCACAAGAGUACAUCAAUAUUAAACCUAACUCCAUGUGAGGAUGACCCCCAGCGCCGACCCUUCAACCCAGGCGACAGCACAGACAUGAUCCCAAUUGUCUUGGGACGGAACCUAUAUUCAUCCGAAAAGACCUUUAAUCCGGCCAAUGCAUCGACUUCAAACGAGCUAUCCCAGCACAUGAACGCACUAACGAUCACAGAUUAUGACAGGACACGUUACAUCGGCGCCAGUUCUGGAUUACACAUGUUAAAUCAGGAGCUACUCCAGUCCAACAAACGCCAUCGGCUAGUAGACCACCCAUCUUGGAUAGUUCAAAAGCUAAAUGACGAUGUUGAUGAGCAUGUAAUCAUGAAGACCGAGGAAAUUAACAAGGCCAAAAAUCACAAGAGACUACCACUCGUAGUCGAGCGGUUUUCGUUUUUUGAGGAUAUCCCAAACAUGACACAAGAAUUAGCAGAUGCAAUGGUACACCACUACUUUACGCAUGUGCAUGCUUACUGCCCCAUCCUGAACAAAAUAGGAUUCUUGGAACAAUAUUACUACCACAAUCCAAACCCGCCGGAUGAAUACUUGCUUUAUGCAAUAUGCGCAAUCGGAGCCCGCUUCAUCAAUUUUGAGUCUCAAAUUGAUUUGAGAGAGUAUUGCAACAUUUCCACAGAAGAUCUCAGAACCUUACAGGUCACGCUUUUGACAAGAGCCCGCGAGAUCCUUGGAGUUGUCUACAAGAGAUCCAGAGUUGGGUCUGUCCAGACACUCCUUAUCUUGACCAUGUUUGUGGAAGACAGUGAUGAUGAUGCAGAAGACACCAGUCAUUGGUUCAUUACUGGCAUGGCACAAGACCUUGGCUUACACAGGAAUUCUGGGAGAUGGCAGAUUCCUGAACACGAAAUCGAACUUCGCCGUCGUAUCUGGUUUGCUGUCUACGCAAUGGAUAGAUGGGUUGCUGCAGAAAUGGGUCGUCCUAUUACUAUCCUAGAUCACGAAUUUGACGUCGAACUUCCAACUCCAUACGAAAUUGAAACAACACACCGUACACCGACUUGUAGUACACAGCAUAUGGACUAUAAACCAACUCUCAUAUGCGAGGCCGAAAAAGCCAUCAAGGAAAAACGGCCCAUCUACGAUCCGUUCUUGUACUCUGUCACCCUUUCUCAAAUCCUUGGCCAGAUCCUUGUCGGCCUAUACUCUCCAAAGGCGAAACAUACCGGAAGACGCAAUGCAAGUCUGGUAGCCUUUCUGGAUUCUAAUCUGAAGAACUGGAGGAUCAAUUUGCCUCCAAGUAUCAGAAUUGAUUGUAGUGCAGGUGAAUCUCUGAACUUGAUUGCAGUAAUAGGCAUGCUAAAUAUGUGUUACAAUUGUGUUCUCAUACUCCUCCAUCGUCCGUUCAUUGUCAAGGAUGAAAAUGAGAAUAUGACAUCUGCAUUUCAGUCCCUGAGUACAUGUACAGCCGCAGCCGGCCAACUUUUAGAUGUAGUAGAGCAAAUGGAGUGUGAAAUAUUCCAGUCAAUUCCAUGGAGUAUAGCUGUAUAUUCCAUUUUUCAAGCAGCAAUCAUAUUUUUGCACAAUGCAAAGGGGGAAAAUCCUUAUAUUAGUAUCGAUGGCACAAAGAACUUGAAACGAUGCUCCAGAUUGUUUCAAAGAGAUAUCAACAUUAGUUCGACCCGAAUUGCAAAAGUUCUUUCGUCCUUGGUUGCCACCUUUUCUGUGUUUACAGACGAUGAGGAUAUGUCUGAAUGCGACGAUACGAAUUCUGACGAUCCAGAUCUAGGCAACAAAAGACAACUGGUAGUCAACAAUUCGCAGCAAACCCAAUUCCGGAAAAAGCGUAAUUCUUCUCAACAGCUAAGAGAGAAUCAAGCAACAACAGGAGCAGGAGGAAGGAAUUCUACUUUAUUAUCAUCAACAAAAAAGCCAAGCAUGUCAUCACUACCAUUAGCAUUGAAAAGUUCUUAUGCCGGCGAUGAAAGUUCUGUGUCAAGUGAAACUCACUCUCAUGGUUCACCUCAUCAUUUAGAAUCCUCACCUGAACCAGCUUCAAGGCAUUCACUACAAUGUCCAAGAGACGACUAUCGAUUCCCGCAUGUUUCUGUCGACAGCCUUUCUGCUUCGACGGCAUUUUCAAGUACACAAAACAACUACUCAUCGAAUAGUGCUAGUGGAAAUAAUUCACCGCGAAUGAUGGGCUCACAAUAUUCGGCCCAAUCGCUCGAUCCUGGAAUUAGACCUGAAGACCAUAUCCAAAUGCAAAUGCAAAAUCAAGAAACACCCAAUUAUGCUCAAUUUCCUUGUGAUCAACCUAACAGUAGACUCUCCAUGUCACCAUCAACUCAUUCAGUCUGUCCAAUUCCAGAUAACAACAAUAAUGAUAGCCAUAACGCAUCAUCAUUUUUUCAGCGUGCAGCUCAAAAUAGUCUUUACACUAGUGAAUUGCUGGGGAAUCCGUCAAACCAUGAAGUAUCGACAUCAUUAAAUAACUCAAAUAAUGGACCUAGACCAGGACAAGGGUCAACGUUAACACCAACACCAAUGCCAACACCGACUUCAUCACUUUCUACAUCGUAUCCAUUCUUGACUUCCAUGAUGACAGACACACCUGAUCCACAGUUUGAUAUCGACUGCCUAAAUUCCCAGGUUCCUUUAUGGGAUUUACCAAGUGGCGUUACAUGGGAUGAAUGGGAUUCUUUUAUAAAGUCUAAUAUACAGGGGAAUGGAUCUAAAAGGUCCUAA